AUGAAGACACCACUCACUUUCUUUGAGGACAGAGACUUUGAGGGCUGCUCCUGUGAGGCCACCACAGACCAGCCAGACUGUGUGCACCUCAAACACUGCAACUCUGUCAAGGUGGAAACUGGCUGCUGGAUGUUCUGUGAACAUCCCAACUACAUAGGGCAUCAGUACUUCCUGAGGAAGGGAGAAUAUCCUGACUACCAGCGCUGGAUGGGCUUCAGUGACUGCAUUACAUUUUACUGUAUCAUCACAGCAGUUGCCUUAGAGGAAUCAGAAGACUUGAAUGGGAAAACAAGUGGUCUUGGGAGAAAUCGUGAUUUCCGUGUUAGUCAGGAGCAGACCACUGUGAGUGAAGUGCUGCAAACUGUGGUGUGCUAG